ACAAAGUUCUUACUAUGAAUAUAGUACCUUUUAACAGAUCGAUAGUCAAUUUGAAUCCAAGUGAUUCAUAAUUGAAGUUCAAUUAUUCUUUUUGUGGCAAGAUUGAAAAAGCAAGAUAGACAGAAAGAAAAAAAUGUACAGUAGUAUAUUUUAACUGAAGAUCCAACGACGUGACUCUUCUAAACCUCCCUUCUCCAUUUUGUUGGCGCAAUUGCUUAGAAAUUCCCUGAAAGGUGGUUGUCUCCAAUUCCCUAAAUCAAUUUCUUAUAAUAAAAAAAGAAUGGAGGACGGAGAUGAUUGGAUAGCCCGAGAUAAGCUUUACCACGUCCUGUUUUGCUUCUUCAUUGCUAUCGUUACCUCCUUUGUCGCGGAAAGAGCCCGUUACCCUUUCAUCCGCCGGCGGAGCAUCUGGGUCGGAUCCAUUGUCUCACUCGCUGCCGGCGCCGCUAAGGAGGUGGCCGACGAAUUGGGUUAUUUCCGGUCAGCAGGCGCAUCUACCAAGGACGCUGUUGCCGACGUCUUUGGCACUCUUACCGCUGCUCUCGCUCUUUCUCUCUACAAAUCAUCCUUCUUUCACCGCAGUCCCGAUCAAUCCAUUCAAGCUAAGGCACUACAGAUGGUGUAAUCGGUUACUUGAUUUAAAUCCAUCAGCUGAUUCGGUACUUCACGACGCUCAAUUUCUACGUUUAACCUCUAUCAUCAUAAUAUAAAUGUUCUCAAAUUUUGAACUGGAAAUAGUUUUGGGGGUUUUAUUCUUUUUGAGGGAAAACUAGUGUAGACAAAUCGACUAUAAUAUGAGAGUUUUAAUGCAAACAAUGUAGAGUUAUUAACCUAUUUACUCAUGGAAAAGUGUUUCGUGUAAAGUUUACUACUAGUUAAAAUAAAUUGGCCUAGAAAGGAAUGAAUCUUAACGUUAUUGCAGCCUAGUGUAGAUUAACCGACUAUGUUAUAUGGGUAUCACCCUUUGGUAGAAUAGUUAUUGUUCUUACACUUAAUAGGACUUCGAUUUUUUUUUUCUGCCUGCAUUGAAUAGCCAAGUGUAACAGGGAGAGCAUAUUUUCACUUUCUUUGUUUCUGUCAAUAUAGUACCUCUUUGAGAAAACAGUCAGAUUUGCGUUUCACAUUGAUUUAGCAUUCAAGAGACAUAGCAAGAGCAUCGUCUUCCUUUUUUGGAUGACCAAGUUAUUUGUCAAUUAAAAUUGAAAGUUAUUGAAUAUGUGAAGAUCUUAGCGGAAUAAGAUUGGACAAAUUUGUUUGUCAGACUCCAACUUAUAAUCAGCUUUGUCGUAGCUGCAUAUCACCUUGUUAAAUCCAGUAAUUUCAGAGAUUACUGAGGUAAAUGAUCGACUCUGAAUCAUGUUUGGAAAAAAAAAUAAAUGUCGGCAGUGCACAAACAGAGGUAACCGUUUCAUAUCAGGUUGAGCUCAUUACGUAUAUAGUUAUAUCGCAAGUUAUGCAGCGUUCUAAUUGCAACAAUUUCGAUUUUUAAUAUGACAUUAAGCUGGAUUUCCGUAUGCCAAUAUGGCAGUACUUUAGGGAAGAACAAGAGUUCCUUUUUCUGAUACUCAAGCAUUUACUUUUCUAGUUAGAGACCAACGUCUUGGGGCUAACGUGG